UUGGUCUUUCAUUCAUUCGUUCAUCAACGGAAUUGACAUUAUUCAUCGUGCCUAGGAGGAAAGAGAGUAUCGUCUGACACGCCCAGGAUGCUGCCCAUCCCCCGUUGACCAUGCAAGUCCAAGUGGCCACACCCACGCCUCCGCCUCCGGUGUGUCGCCCGCCUCUGGCCCUGCUCCCGGCCCCUCAUCCGCCUCCUCUCUCGAUUUGCUCUUGGCUGGUGGAAGACGUGCUUCUGCCCCGAUGUUGGAGCCGCCUCUCACGGCCCCGGCCCGCCCGGCCCGCCCCUGAGCCUCGUGUGCGCUUGAAUGCCCGCACCGUACACCUACAUUUAACCCGCAGUUUGUCGCAUUGGCGGGUGCGAUUGAAUCGCCGCGACAUUGGGCGGUAUUGGGCGGGCCGACGAUUAAGAUCGCAUACCUCGGGCGGUGAUUCGUCCUCGUCGGAGGUGGAACCCCGGUCCAGUCCCAGACCGCUGCGGGUGAAGCGGGCCAUGCGGCUCAAACGGAAAGCGGCUCGACAGCCCGUGAAAAUCGAGACUCAAAUCGCCGAGGACGAUUUCGAAGAACCGGGUCAAGAUGGUGACGCAUCUUUGUCUUUAGAUGUGAAGAGCGUUUUAGAGAGCGAAAGCUUGGAAGUCUGGCACAAUGUGGAGCCAGAAAUCAUGACUUUGGAAGAUGAAGCCGAAGAGAAGCUGGAAGAACACAUCGUGAUCAGAGGUAAAAACGUGUGUUUGCCCACGUCUGAAUUGCCCUUGACUUCGCGAUUAUCCAUCAUACCUUUUAAAGACCAGGGCACGGUUCAACCCGUGCUGACACGCUUGGACCGGCCCCCAAAUGACCAAACGUUGGUUGAACCUGAAAUGAACAAAAGGAAACUUAAGGCAGACUCUGUUGUAUCAGUGGCGCCCUUAAAAACUAGGGUUGAACCCUCACUGUCCAUUAUCAAGGUCGAUCCCCAAGGUAUCGCGAAUGUAACAGCGGCUGCGCCAGACCAUGUCGCAAGUGAAACCCACGUUGAAAUUCCACUUCCGAUUGAAGCCAUCACCAGUAUCCCGAAAGAGCCGAUAUCUGCUCCCGACCCAGCCCAAUGUGACGCUAAGGUUAAAGUUCCGCAACCGAUUAUAGCAAUGAAACACCAAGAUAUCCCCAAAGAAUGUUCAUCCGCUUCAGACAUAGCCAAAGGUAAAACCGAGGUUGAAAGUCUGGUGUCCACCCCUGUUGAACCUGUCGAACACGGGGCUGUAUCUCAGGAUUCUAUGCCUUUGCUCGAAAAAGCCGCUCCCGUGCCCACACUGACCCCACCGGAUUCGGAUUCCACCCCCAGUCCCGAUGCUUUAGCGGUCAAAGACCAUCCUGUGGAGGACCACGAUUAUAUCUGUGACUCACUCGCUCGAAAACAUGGCGACAAACCCAAAUCUUUGGAGACUGACCGCAAUAUGAUUGGGAAAUCGUCCGCUGAUCCGUCGUUAGACACUGAGAUUGCCGUUCCUGAAGUAGCCCGAAUGGAAACCGUCGGUCAAGAAGCUGCAAAUACCAGUCUUGUAGCGCCAAAGACUUCCGUUGAGACUAAACAUGGUGAGGAGAGGCCACCCUCGGAAUCGGCGAGCAAGGUGUCGUCGGCCCCAAUUUCGGGUGGAAAAGAGAUUGUCACCCGUUUGGACCGUCAAACUGACCAUGUUUACACCAAUAGUUCGUCGUCGUCGUCGUCGUCGUCGUCUUCAUCCUCCUCACCAUCUCCGUCACCAUCGCCUUUGUCAGUUACGGCUUCCAAUGGCACGAAUCAACCUCGAGUCUUAAUUCAUGCUGCUUUGCAGUGUCCAUUUUGUUUCAAACAGUUCGGUUUUCGAAAGAUGUACGAAUCUCAUCUUGUGAAUGAGGAGCUCAUGGACACAGUUUUGAGCCAGAAGCACCUGGUUCGAACCUUGGCCACGGGCUAUACUUGUCAGAAGUGCGCCACCAAUCAGGUCUACCUAUCACGACUAAACAUGGUAAAGCACGUGUGUCUAGAUCAUAAGCUCUUGCGGGAAAUGUGUGAGGUCGGCUUGAGGUUGAGAGCUCAAAAACAACUGAAUUCGUCGGAUUUAACCAAGUGCGAGUUGUGUCAGCUCCAAGUAGUCGGUAACAGCUUUGUCAAACAUCUGAUCGAGCAUCAUUUCAAGCACCAAAUUGAACACAUGGUCGGGGGGGAUAGGGUUCCAUAUCUGUGCUCGCUCUGUUCGCGGCAAUUCGAUGUGAAAGCCAAUUUGGUCGUACAUUUGGGCCGUGAUCAUUACCUUGCCAUGCAACUCUAUCAACAUCAGAGACGGGAGAUGGCCAAGAAAGCGGAUCAAGUCAUUCAUCCUCCGGCUCCUCCUAAAGAGGUGGCCAUCACCCCGAGUGUGGAAGAAUCCAAGCAGAAAGAUCAAGAAGUGUAUGUGUGCGUCAUGUGUCGAAACUCGAUCAAUGACCAAGGGACCGUGUUCCAUACGGACCUUGAGCUUCGAAACCAUUUAGUGCAAAAACACCUGUUCCAUCAGGUGUCCAAUGAGUUGCGAAAGUCUGGGGAGCGGUCCCUGAAGUGUCCAGAAACCAAAUGUCGGCACACUUCCACGAGCCUUUCCGAGCUUUACGAACAUUUUCUUCGCCUUCAUUGUCCCUUGGGUGUGAGUCGGGAAAUGGUCCCCGGGAAGUUGGCGGAAUUGAGAAAGACUAAGUGUGACAAGUGCUUCUUUCAUGGAGAAGAUCAACGCGCUUUGGUAUUCCAUUGCGGAACCAAUCAUCCCGAGUAUUUGGAUGCCAUUUUGACGCGUCUUCAAUUGGGAGCAAUCCUACAACCACAACGCCUUAUGCCCUCUUUGCCGGUUGUACCAAAAGCCAAUUCAUCGGCAUCGGAUAAGAAGAAUGCGGCUAUACGAAAUGCUCUCUACUAUCAUUCGCCUGGACGAGGCGUCCAAAACAGUUUGCCCAAGCAGAGGGUUGGGGUGGAUCCAGCCAUGGAAAUGGUGGAACCCGUCCGAUUGGUCUCGGUUCUGAAACGUCCGGCAAACAUGCUAUCAAGUAGACCGUCCAUAUCUCCUCACGCAAAGGUAAAGGUGGCUCGAUUGGAGAAAAUACCCUCCACCGCCCCUGUUUCGGUGACACGGGAGAAAAUAGCCCUCACCACAUCCUCCAUCUCAGUCAAAGGAGACCAAAAGGCCACCUCUGGCUCCAUCAAAGGAGACCAAAAGGCCACUCCUUCCGUGUCUGUCACAACAAGUCAAGAUUCCCUGACUUCAACCUUGAGAAUGUUCCGACCCAAAAAGGUCCAAUUAGAGGACAGUCCCAACUGCCACUUGUGCGAUGAGAGUUUUGUUGGCUUUCCCGAGCAACAGAGGAAGUCAGUCUAUGGGAAGCACUUGUAUCGGGUUCAUUUUCAGCUUGAAAUUGAAAACAGUCCGGAAGUGUUGGGACCAGUGUGUAAAAUAUGUCAGUUUAACACACCUCUCAAAUCCAUGAAAGUUCACUACUACCUGGACCAUGGGCGGAUCUGGAACUUGUUGAGGAACCGAAUGCAUCCGCCCAAAGAAUGGCCUCCUAAAAAAUCCGAUCCCCAAGCUUUGGUUCCUUUUUCAAUGGGCAGCACAAUGCCAACCCCACCUCCAGGGGUUCCCCCAACCAUCCCAUCCCCCAUAGAUUUAAAUUCGAAACUGGCAGUGCGGUUCAUGAGUGAUCAACGCACCCUUUUCAUCAGAAGCAUCGGGAACGUGAACAACUUUGAGAGUGCCAUCUCUAGCGUGCGAAUUUUGCCUGAAACUGGUUCCAAGAACAUCCCUGAUUCUCCGAAUGGCGUGCCUUUCAACCCCGUGGUUAAUCUCACGACCCAAGAGAAAGAACACAUCCGUCAGAUCCGCAUCAAAAUGAAGACAUUCUCCCAUGUUCGUCACCAAGGUCAAGUGAUUCUUCAACGACACGCUUGCUUCGAAAUUGGAAACAUCUCGCCAUUCUGCCAUGCUUGUGCCACCAAAGUGGACGCUCACACCAUUUGUCAAUUUGAGGGAUUCCGUCGAAUCGUUUAUAGGAAUGGACUUUUCGAGUCGGCUGGGUUCAAGUGUCCUUACAAGACCCCUAAUGCGAAAGACACGGCCCUGUGGUUGCCCAGCCAGUGCUCAAAUCCGAUUGGAAUGGAUCAUGAAACAGCCAAGUUCAUCCUCGAGUAUUGUGCUCCGGAAUUCCUCAAAAUGGCCGACGAAGAGCGAGAAGUGGUCGAGAUUUAUAGGAGAGACACGCAAAACAAGGUGAAGAUGAUCUGGAAGCCCCUACAAGAUAAGGUGCGGGAGAUGUGCGAUGUGUGUUCCACUUCACUGUUCAAUGUCCAUUGGACAUGCGAAGAAUGCUGCAGUAUUAUUUGCAUUGAUUGCUACAAGGUACGAAAGAAUGGAGGCAUGGAGUACAAACUGAAUGUGUCGGCCAAGCCUCAUAAGGCCCAAAGAACCAUAGCCAAUAAUCGAGAUCAGCACAUGUGGCCUUUUUGCCAUGCCAAAAAGUUGCACCUUCCGCAAAACCUCCGACUUACUCAAAUGAUUUGUGGCGACAUUCUCAACGAGGUCAGAGACUUGGUGUUCAAAACACGGCAGGAUUUCCGUUUGGAUCGCCACAAAACAACGUCAACCCUCGUAUAUGUCACCACUCCAAAGGCCAAAGAAGCCACGAAAAGUGUCGAGGACAUCCAGAAUAAUGAUGAAUUGAAGCAAAAGCGACCUGAGUCGUGUGGAUCGGACAAGUCGACCGCCUCGCCCUCCUCGGGCAAAACCAAAUUUUGUCACCCCAAAGACAUUAACCAUUAUCCCCGUUGUCCCCUCUGCGGGCAUCCAUUCUCUGAAAGCCAAAAGAUGAAAACUUACAUCCAUCUUAGCUCCCAUUUCUCUGUGGAGAUUCUCAAAGAGCUCUCGCUGAAUGGCUCUGCUCCGUUUGCUUGUGCCUCAUGCGAGUUCUCAUUUCAAGACCAAGCUCAUCUUGUGCUUCAUUUGGGCAUGGCCCAUAACGCCUUCGACGAGCGAUUGCGAUCCGAGAUCCUCAAAGCUACCAACCCAAAGACUGUGGUCCUCAAAGUGGACACGCAACCUUCGUGUACAGUGUGCAAUAUGUCCUAUUUAGCCCAUCAGAUGGGCCGAGUCGAGAUUCGAACUCACUUGAUGACGCAUUUCCGCAAAAGCAUCGCCACCAACUUGGUGCCAACGCCAGAUCACCAUGGAAUGAUGGCUUGUCCGGAUUGUCCGGUGGUAUUUGGCGAGAAAUCCCGACUCAUUACUCACUUGGGGAUCUUUCACAAACGUCUGGAUGAGGAGUGGAGCAAGGCGGUCCAUGAAGAGCGUGAUCUCAAGACAUCCCGCCCACAAGACAAGCAGGCUCAAACUUUGCCCAAGAUGACCUAUUCCAGCGAUUGGUUUAUAGAUUUGAGGAAGGAUGACCCGCCUCUUGAAAAGACUCCUCAAGCAAGGCUAUCAUGUGGAACGAGUAAACCUUGUAAUCCUCCGCCCCCGGCUCCCACCCCUGUCCCCGUGAAGAAGUUCAGAUUGACCGAUUAUCUUGUGAAGAAAGCCCAAGAGAACGAUAAAGAAAACAGCACCCGGAGCUCGCCCAAGAUCCUAAGGAAGAGAUCUUGCACUGUCUGUCGGGACAUGGUGGACACUCGAUCCUUUUCCCAUCAUUGGCUCAUGCACCACCAAGAUCAAAUCCUUAGAGAUUUUGCCCCGUCCAACGAGCAGCAAGUGUUCACCUGCCAAAUCUGCCCGAAGAAACUCAAUCCGGAGAAAGUGGUGCGUCACUACGGAUUGACCCACGAGAAGUUCGCGCAGUACUCGAGUGCUUCGAAUCUGAUCGUGCGGAACUCGACGCCCAAAUCCAAGACCAUCUGCCCGAUUUGUUUCGACCCGAUCUUGACCAGUCUGACCAAUCAUCUGUCAGUUCAUCUGUGGUUGACAGUCCACAUGAUUCGACGGGAAUCCGAGACCAAAAUGUCUUGCGCCAUGUGCUCCGUCCCUCUCAAAAGUGGCUUCUUGGAUCAUUUACUCACCAAUCACUUCAAUGAGGUGCUGAACGAUUUCUGGCUCAAAGACGAGCCCAACUGUUCGUACAAAUAUGCCGAGGACGCCAAUCUCACCAAAAACCUUAUGGCCAAACUCAUUCAGAUCUUUACCAACCGAUUUUGUGUGUUGUGCGAAGUCGAUGUGCCGACUGAAGUCGCGUUGAAGACCCACUACGUUGGACACCUUUACAAGGACAAGGACCUGGAAGAUUUGGACUGCAAAUUUUGCGAUCAUUUUCCUUCGUUUGACACGGUGAGCGAGUUCCAGAGCCAUUUUGCCAAGGAACAUUACGAGGAGCGGAUCCAAAUCAUCUUGGAGGCAGCGGAUCGAUUCCAAUUCAUCGAAAGCUUACGAAGCAAGCUCCAAAUCGAAAUCCCUUUGAAACCCAUCCCCGGUUCUCCAAACAAAGAACCGCCCUCGAAAGCAACUCCGAUGGAAAGUCCGGCCCAAAAUCGGAGUGUGAAGAACCGAACCACUCCCAAAACUUUUGAUGCAUCCGAGAUCACCGAACAGAAGCAUCCAAGGAGAUCCUCUAGCCGAUUGAGUUCUAGAUCCAACAGCGUUGAGGAAGAGGACAAGAUGCAUUGCGAAUUUUGUAAUGAGGGGCAUUUAGACCAGGAUUACUACUCACACAUGGCCUUGGGGCAUUUCAAAGCCGUGUUCGAGCGGGUUCUGCCUCCUAAUCCGGAGUCCCCUAAUGCUUGCCCGCGUUGCAUUUUCAAGGGCGAAACUCGAGAUGAGCUCAUACUUCAUUAUGCCGAGUAUCAUCAAAUGUUGGCUUAUUUUCUUCGUGUCUCCGAGGAGAACCAGUCCGAUCUUGAGAGGGAGACCAAACGCGGAAAUUGUGAUCCGAAGUUGAGCAUCGUCGAAAAUGCCUAUCAAUGCAUCCCAAUCACACCUGAAGAUUCCUUGUACCUGUGCUCGAUUUGUGGCCACAACUCACCCGAUCGCAGCAAGAUGUCCGUGCACGUGUUCGGUCACCUUCGAACUUUCUUGGAUAACGCUUUGCCGCAUCAUCAACCUCAUAUCUGUCCAAUUUGUCAACACGAAUCGCGAUCAAGGGAGCGUCUCAUCAUGCAUUACAGUCGGAAUCACUUGUCAGAUCUCGGCGAUCUCAAGAGCGAAAGCUUUUCCGCUAUGAAGAACAGGCGGAAGAUCUAUAGAAGGACCAUUCAACAUGAUCAAUUGACGGGGUUCCAUCUCAAAAUGAUUCAGAGUCCGGCGGACAAACCCGAGAAAGAAAUCGAGUCCAACUUGAAAAAUGAAGGCGUGUUUCAAAACCUGAUGAUUGAGAUGAAACAGAGUUUGAGCGUUCAAAACGAGGAGAAGGAGGAGAUAGCCCCUUUAGAGUUCGAUUUGGAACCGCACUCCCAAAUCAGUGGAGAGCGUUUGCCUCGAAUUGGAGUGAAGAGUGUGAGCUCGGCCAAGUAUCCAGGAGUGAAACACGAAUGGUUGUGUGAAGGACGAUUGUUGGUAUUGGACGAUCCCAAGGAUCCAGAGAACAAGGACAUUUUCCAGGAGCAAUGGAAACGCGGCCAGCCGGUGAUAAUUGCCAACUCAUCAAACCAUCUAGACCCCAACCUUUGGAGUCCCGCCGCCUUCCUCCGAGAUUUCGGGCACAUCCGCCAUUCCCUCAUCAAUUGCUUGAACGGGAACGUGGUUCCAAAUGCGCCUUUAAAAUCCUUUUGGCGUGGGUUCGAAUACGUUCAAAAGCGACUCCGGAUGAAGGAUGGUCGCCCGAUGCUUCUCAAACUCAAGGAUUGGCCUCCAACCGACGAUAUCGCCGAGUACAUGCCCGAUCGCUUCGACGAUCUGAUCAAUUCAUUCUCAAUGCCGGAUUACACGCUACGGAAUGGAAAACUCAAUUUGGCAGCCUAUCUGCCCAACAACUACCUGAAGCCUGAGCUCGGGCCCAAGAUGUACAUUGCCUAUGGAUCGGCUUUGUACUCGGAUAAAGGCUCCACGAAUCUUCAUAUUGACAUGUCAGAUGCUGUCAAUUGUCUCGUGUAUGUUGGCAUGCCCAAGGACGGGAACGAUCGAGACAACAUGAUGGAGGUCUUCAAAGAAAUCGACAAAGCAGGUUGCGAUAUAUUGAUGAAGAAACGCUCUCGUCUAGCGGAUCGAUUUCCAGGCGCUCUUUGGCAUAUUUUUCAUCCCACGGACACGCCCAAGAUCCGGGCGUUCCUGAAGCAAGUGGCCAUCGAGAAACGAAAGCGAUUGAACCCACACGAUGAUCCCAUUCACGAUCAAUCUACUUAUUUAGACGAGACCCUCCGUGUUCGCCUCUACAAAGAAUACGGAGUUCAAGGUUACGCCAUUGUUCAAUGCAUGGGAGACACGGUUUUCAUUCCGGCUGGAGCUUGCCAUCAAGUACGGAAUCUGCACAAUUGUAUCAAAGUGGCCGAGGACUUUGUGUCCCCGGAAAAUAUCUCCCACUGUCUCCAUUUGACCCAAGAAUUUCGCCAUUUGACCGAAUGGCACACCAAUCAUGAAGACAAGUUGCAAAUCAAAAGCAUUCUGUACCAUGCGAUCAAAACCGCUCUGUCUGUUCUUCAAUCCUCCAAUCAAUCUCUCACGUGUUUACCACAAAAUGAUGUCCCAAUCUAAGAGUAAAGAAUGUGUCCGCAAUGCCGUCGAUAGAAUAAAUUAUGGAAGACA